AUGCCUUCGCUGCUACGGCGCUUGGACCUUCAGGCCUUGCCAGAGGUUGUCGCUGUGCUGGAGCACGCGAGCCUUUUCGAGGCGACUGCCAACCUCUUGGAAGUUGAGGAGGUAGUCACCACGGCGUACAAGUGGCUGCGGGCUGUGCCACCCUCGACUUACACUGGCCCCCACAUGGACCGUGCUUACGUGGGCGAGGGCCGGCGGCUGACGGCCUGGAUCCCACUUGGGCCCGUGAGGUGUGGACAGGAGGAGCUGGGCUCCCUUUGCUGGAUUCCGGGCUCGCACAGGAACCCCGCAGUGAUUGAGCGGUUCAAGGACUACCGGCGUGUCGGAUCUGAUGGGGAGAGGAGCACGACGGACGGUUGGACCUUCCUCGAUUUAUCCAAACUUUGGGGCCUGGCCAAAGACAACGCAGCCAUUCAAAGCUCCUCCAGCACCACUGGCCCCACGUCACAGACUCCACACCAGGCGAUCUUCGGUAUGGAUCUUCUGCACACGACUCUGCCGAAUGGCACCCGGUCAUUCCGGAUUUCCUGUGACACGCGCUGGCAGCCUUUAGAGGAUCCCCCGCCGGAAGGCGUCGUGACAGGACCGUGGCGCUGUCGCCCUGAGCUGUCAGAGGCAAGAAAAACAGGGGGGCGCACAUGCAUGGCUACGACAGGAACAAGGAGGGAGGCCUUGGGCUGCCUUGGCUUGGUUGCUUCGCACGGUAGCAGCAGCGAGUCAUGGGCUCAUUGCACUCAGAGGAUCUAG